ACCUAAGAAUCAAGAAAAUGUCAUGUUAGUGCCUACUAAUUAGCACACCCAGAGAGCCUUUUCAUCUGGCCUUUCAACCUUCUGGAGGUGGGAGCACAAGCUGUCACUCGGAUCAUGCAGGGAAAAUGAACCUUUGCUGCAUCUUCCCUUUUUGCAAACAGCAGAAUAAGCCCAGCUGAGACUAGAGAUGAAUAUGCAGGUGUUUAAGAUAGAAGUGCUAAUGAAUGGAAGAAAACAUUUUGUUGAAAAAAGGUACAGCGAAUUUCAUGCCUUGCACAAAAAGCUUAAGAAAUGUAUUAAAACUCCAGAAAUCCCUUCUAAACAUGUUAGGAACUGGGUCCCAAAAGUCUUGGAACAACGACGGCAAGGUUUGGAAACAUAUUUACAGGCUGUCAUUUUAGAAAAUGAAGAACUUCCCAAGCUGUUUCUUGAUUUCCUAAAUGUGCGACACUUGCCCUCUCUACCAAAGGCAGAGAGUUGUGGAUCUUUUGAUGAGACGGAAUCUGAAGAGUCAAGCAAACUGUCCCACCAGCCGGUUCUGCUGUUCCUCAGGGAUCCAUACGUCUUGCCUGCAGCCAGCGAUUUUCCGAAUGUGGUGAUUGAAGGAGUUCUCCACGGGAUAUUUUAUCCUCAUCUACAGCCCAGGUAGAAAUCCUACACAGCAAGAAGCUGAAGCAAGUUCCGAAGUCAUAGUCAAGGAAAUCGAUAUCUACCAAAUUAACCCCAACUCUAUGACAUAACAGCUCUAGCUAGUGGUCCAAUUCACAGUCCCAGCUUAAUUCAGGGCAGGGACGUUUCCAUUGGAAUGGUGCUUCUAAAAAUAGAAACUGAACCAGGGCAGCACUGAGGUUAAGGCCAAGUGUUUAAGAAGUAGAACGUAGCUGCCAAUUUAGAAACCCAUGAAAAGGCUCUGGAAGAUCCCUGGGAACACCAUGUGUAACAAAACAAAGUUACUGUCUGCUUCAGUUGCACCAUUUGCUAAUUGAAAAUCUUAUCCUGAAUCGUACUGGGACUGAUCAACUUUGGUAGCUGUUUGGUUCAGAUUGUAUGGCACACUAAUCUUUUCAUCAUGAGAUUUUCUCAGCCAGUGAUAGAUAGAUUCUGAAGUACUGGCACCAGGGGAGUAUCAGAGAAACACACUGUGCUAAAUGUGAGGAAGGAACUAAACUGGAAACUAAAUUAUAUCGACAAUAUUAGGGCAUUUUUUUAAAUCAUGGCAUUUUUAUUUACAUUACAGCAGAGUUGCAUCAUAACCAGGGGUUAGCUUCUAAUGUCAGUACGUAAGAUAAAAUAGAGUUUCAAGAUUAUCCUUGAAAGCUCUUUAGAAAGGUGCCAUAUUGGAAAUCUGUCCAUCCACCACAAAUUUUUCCUCCACUGUUGGAAAAAAUGACUGUUUCUUUGGUUGAAGCCCAGUUGAAGUUGUUGGUGUUUGUUGAAGGAUGAUUUUGUGAAAAACACAUACCUUUAAACACUAGAAUCACACUUAGCCCUGUAAGAUGCUUGACCUCUAAGAGACAGAUGUGAACUAACAGUGACUGAGGGAACACCAGACUGACAACACUCAUCUUGGUUUGCUCAAAGGCAUCCAUUCAUUGAAUAGGUGGUACUGCCAUGGAAUUUACUGUUAUUUUCCUUAUCAUUUCCUUUUCACUGACCUCAUAUAUUGAAUUAAUGUAAGUUAAGUGUGCUUAUGAUAUAACUCUUACAGACAUUCACGUUUUGAGUGGUAAAGGAUAAAAGCAUAUAUGCCACCUGAAUGUAUGUGCUGUAUUCGGGCAUUUCAUUGAAAACUAAUUAAUAGGUAGCCUAUUUAUGCUUAUUACUUUUAAUAAGCUUCUGUGUGGGAGAAAAAUAUUUAGAUUCAAAACUAAUAACUAAAUCAUAGUUUUUGAUUAGGAUCUAAAUAUACAGGUUUAAAGCCUGCUGCAAACAUUUAGAGAUAUACUUAUGACAGAUAUGUUACUACUUGUUGAAACAAGCAAGAACUAAAUAAUCAAGUGUCAUCAACCAAAAAUAACUGCAUAGUCAAGUGUUGCAGAUAUUUUUUAAAUGUUUUUGUUAUUAGCUAUUUUGAGUUAAAUAAAAACAAAGAAC